UGUAAAUUGUACUCGACGGAUCUAUUUGAGUGAGACUCCACGAUGGCAGCUCUUGUGAAAACACAUGUGCAGAUAUCUGCAGACGACGCAGAGCCUCAGAUCGAGGACGACAGUGAAUCUGGAGUAGAGGAGGACGGAGAUGAGAGUAGUGAUGGAGAAGAGGAGGGGGAUGAAGACGGAGCCGACGAGGAGGACGAAGACGAAGAGGGAGCCGAUGAGGAGGAUGAAGACGGAGAGGAGGACGAGGACGAAGAGGGAGCCGAUGAGGAGGAGGAUGAUGGUGAAGAGGCAGAUGCCGAAGACGGAGCGGAGGAAGAGAAGGCUGAAGAUGGAGGAGACGGUAACCCGAACGCCGGCUGGGCGGAUGCGAUGGCAAAAAUCCUGGGGAAGAAGACUCCGGAGAGCGAGAGCAUCAUCCUGAUAAAGAACAAAGCGCUGGAGAAGAUGAAGGAGAGAGAAAGACAGGAGCAGCUGGAGAGACAGAAACAGGUGGAUAAGAAGCGAACAUGGGAAAUGAUGAGCAGAGUGAAGCCUGACGUGGUGAAGGACAGAGAGACAGAGAGAGCUCUGCAGAGAGUGGCCACCAGGGGGGUGGUGCAGCUGUUCAACGCCGUCAGGAAGCAUCAGAAGACGGUGGAUGAGAAGGUGAAGGAGGUUGGAGGAUCGGAGAGGAAGAAGGCGAAGCUUUUGUCUUCAGUUUCAAAGAAAGAUUUCAUUGACGUCCUGAGGGGGAGCGAGGGAAGCCAAACACCCAAAACUCUUGCUCCUGUCGAGGAUGAGAAGCCGUCGUGGAGCGUGCUCAGAGACGACUUCAUGAUGGGAGCCUCCAUGAAGGACUGGGACAAACUCAGUGAUGAAGAGGCGGGGUCAGGAGGGGCGGCCGAACAGAGUGACUCAGACUGAGAACUCCUCACACACACACACACACACACACACAGCGAAGGGGCCGUGAUGCCUUCAGGGACAGUGUGGACAAAAGAACACCUGCAGAGUUCAGAGACAGGAGCCUGCGAUGGUGUGAGACAGCUGUUGAAGAACAGCUGAUCAGUUUGUCACGCACCGUGCAGAAGAAGAACAUGUGGAGUUUAUAUGAGAAAAAAACAUUUAAUAGAAUCUGAUGUUCUGAUAUUUUUUAAUGUAAAUAAUGUGCAGAGAGUCAGAGGUUUGAAAAGACCAGAAAGGUGGAAAAAGAAGUGCCAGACCCUGAACGUGGAGGUCCUCGGAGGAUCUUUGAUUUUUUGCUGAGGUCUGUGAUGGAGUCUGUAAAUAUGAAUGUUUUGUAAUAAACCACUGAUUCAUGUA